AUGGAGGACAUGGGAGCCCAUUGGGAGGGGUUUUCUGAUCCCCACUCUACCGUUUCUCACUUCUUGGUCAAGGUUGGAACCUGCCCUGGAUGCGAGGACACAGUAGCGGAAUUUGAUACAGGUGCAAGCACAGAUGUAGUCUUCCAUCACAUUAUGUUCGCUGAGGGUGUCAGGUAUUACGUGACAGUGACAGCUUGUAACAUGGCGGGACUGUGCAGCAGCGCAACAUCUGAUGGUGUUAUCCUGGAUGAAAGUCCUCCUGUCCCUGGCAGCGUCAUGGACGGCACACAAGACCGAGACUCCCAGUACCAGGCAUCCAGGACGUUCCUGGGCUGCAAGUGGCAUGGGUUCCAGGACACAGAGUCAGGUCUGGACCACUAUGAGUGGCAGGUGGGGACCACACCAGGAGACAAUGACAUUCUCUCAUCACAGCAUGCUGCCCUUAAAGAGGUGGCAUUCCUCACACUGAACGAAAGUCAGAUGCUACCCAUCGGAAACAAGAUGUAUAUAACAGUUACAGCGUUCAACAGAGCAGGAGUGUUCACCACAUCAACAUCAAAUGGCUUCAUCAUUGACAACAGCGCACCUGAAGUUGUGAAGACCCCUGCUAUUGUGGAAGGACAGGGGGUCCUUGGUUGCCAUGACGCUGAUCAGUCGGUCCACUGUGAAGGUCAGCUGGGAGGUGAAGGACGAGGAGUCUUUCAUAGAGAAGCAGUACAUCUCAAUCUCCUCUCAUCAGCUAGGGGAGUUUAA